CCCGACUUCCGGUGUUCUUCCGGUAUAAACAAAUGGCUGUUUUUGGACGUGUGCCUCCAUAGGGGUGUUUUAUUUUCCUUUGAUCGCAUCGUUUCCAGCCAUGAGUGCCAUCAUCCCCCGGAUAGAGCAGCUUUCUGCCCGAGUGGUUCGUGUUUUAGGCUGCAACCCGGGGCCGAUGACCCUCCAGGGGACCAACACCUACCUGGUCGGCACCGGGGAAAGACGCGUGCUGAUAGACGCCGGGGAACCGUCCGUUCCCGAGUACAUCAGCACCCUGAGGAGCGCCCUGGGGCAGCUGGGCGCCAGCAUCCAGGAGAUCGUGGUGACCCACUGGCACCGGGACCACACCGGGGGGGUGGAGGACGUCUGCCGGGACGUGGCCGUAUGAGACUCUGUUCUGAAAAUGGCUGGCAGUCAAUGAGUUAAUGAUCAUAAACAACGUAAAUAAAUAACUAGAUAAAUCAGAGAUACUGAUACUGUGGUCUCAGGGUGCUGUUCACCCCCGGGCACACGGACGACCACAUGGCUCUGCUGCUGGAGGAGGAGCGGGGGCUUUUCUCGGGGGACUGCGUCCUGGGCGAGGGCACCGCCGUGUUCGAGGACCUGUACGACUACAUGAGGUCCCUCAGAGUCCUGCUGGACUCCAAGGCCGACCUCAUCUACCCCGGACACGGGCCGGUGGUUCAGGAUGCUGGCGCUAAGAUCAGAGACUACAUCCUCCACCGGGAGAAAAGAGAGCGGCAGAUCCUGGACGCCAUUCGGGACGGAGCCGGAAAGCCUUUCUCCUCCAUGGAGCUCGUCAGGAUCGUCUAUAAGGAAACACCGGAGUACCUGCACCAGGCCGCCAACGUGAACCUGCUGCACCACCUGAAGAAGCUGGAGAAGGAAGGCCAGAUCUGCUCCGUGACCGAGGCCUCCGACGGCUUCAAGUGGAGGAGCAACCUGUGACCUUUGACCUCUCCGUCCGCCCGGCGGCCAUUUUCCCAAAACCUGGAUUACCAGCUCCCGGCGUCCCAUUCGGGAUGAAACGCACUAUUUCUGAUUUCCAGAUGUGUUUUUGGAAUCGAUCCUGCUGCUUCGUACGCUUUCUGGCAUCAGGAGUCUGUAAUCUGAGUCGUUUUUUGGAGUUUCCCCCGAACGCUUAACCCCCGAAGGGCGUCCGGUCCCAAAAAGCCCGUCGGUUAGCCGCUGUUUGCUCUGCGUGUUUGUUUGUUAAAAGUCUGCUUCUACCUGCCGAACAGGGAACUAGCGGCUCAACUGGUUGGACUUCACACCGGAGGGCUCCUCUGGCUACUCCGGGACUUUAAUUCUUUCUUUUUUUUUCUUUCUGACUUGUCAUACGAGGCUAAAAUGUGCACUUCUGAACAGAAACGUGGCGCUAAUAGCUGGAGGCCGUCACUAGGUGGCAGCAUGUGCUAAUCUGAACCGGCUAAAAUGAACAAAAAUGUGGCACAAAUGUUUAAAUGCUCUAUUUUCUUUGACAAUUCUUAUUAA